AUGAGAGAGAUGAAACUGCUCGGUAUGUUUUGCGCGCCGUUGUUGGCGUCGAAUUUGAUAUCGCCGCUGCUGACGAUGACGGAUACGGCGUUCGUGGGGCGGUGCGCGGGGGAGGCGAGCGCGGUUUCGCUCGCGGCGCUCGGAGUGUCGACGCCCCUGACGGAUUACACGGUGUCGCUCUUCGCGUUCAUCACCGCAGGGCUGACGUCUAUCGUGAGUCGAGGCGUGGCGAGUGGAGAGAACGAGGACGAGCUGAACGGUAAGGUGUAUGGAGCGCUCUUCAUCGCCUUUGUGAGCUCAAUCGCCGUGGGGGCCUUGCUCGUCACUCGGGCAGAGUCGUUAUUAGAUUUAUUAAGCGUCACGGGAGAGGUGAAGCCAAUCGCGGCGCAGUACACUCGAAUUCGAGGAUUGGCGAUGCCCGCCGCGUUCAUGACGGCGUCCCUCUACGCCACUCUGGUGGCGAGGAAGGAUACCAUCGGGCCGCUGAUGUGCGUCGCGCUCGCGGCGGUUGUGAACUUUGUGGGUGAUUAUUUCAUGGUGGCCGUGUUUAAUACCGGUGCUGCGGGCGCGGCGUGGGCGACAACGGCGUCGUUGUACACUGGACUCAUCGCGAUCACGGUCAUUCUCCGGCGACGCGGGUUGUCAAACUUUCCGCCAAAGCAAAAUUUCGGAGACGGUUCGGUUCCAUUUUUUCGCGCGAUGAUUCCGACGAAGGCGCAGGUGGCGCCCGUGAUGGCGUUCUUCGGCCCCAUCACAUUCUUGGUGGCGGCUCUACUGGCGAUUUACACCUCGCAGAUUCUCCAGGCGAAUUCGCUCGGAGUAACGGUGUCCGCCGCGCACAGAAUCGCUGCGACGCUCUUCUCGCUGACCGUUCUGUGCGGUGAUCCCUUGGUGCAAGCCGGCCAGGCGUUCAUGCCAGAGCACUUCAUCAAGCCGUCCAGGGCGGACGCUCGGAAGAUGGCGAUGAUACUAUUCCAGUUCGGUCUCUUUACGGCGGCUGUCUGCUCGUCUUGUUUUGCCGCCUUUUGCUAUCUCGGCGCUGGCGUCUUCACCACAGACGCCACCGUCAUCGCCUCCCUUCACAGGGUCGUGCUUCCGAUGUCUAGCGCCGUCGUGGCUAAUAUCCUGUCCAAGUCGCUCUACGGCGUCAUGGUCGCCGCGCGCGCGCUCAAUUUCCUCGCCGGUCUCACCGGUCUCGGACUCCUCGGUUUCGGUUUCGCCAUGCGUUACCUCAACUCGCACGUCUUCGGGCACGCCAAGUAUUCGUACAUCUGGUGGAUCACCGCCGCGUACUACGGCCUCGCCGUGCUCGUGAUAUUCGCCAGGAUCAACGGGAUCGGGUUCAAGAGCAUCCUGCGAGACGAUGCCCCCCUUCGCUGA